GGCAAAUACUCCACUCAGACAGUUAGUGUACCAUUUCUCUGACGUUAACCCCUAUUCAUUGUGGGUCAGGCUCGAUUGAAAGUUUUCAGAUAAGGGCACUUUAAAUGAACUAAGUUUUCUCACAGCUGGAUCAGUUAGGUUUACAAGAAGCGUUACGUAGGGCAGGAGAUUACCGAAAAGGCUCUUUUGUAUUUUAAUCUUAUUGAUUAUGGGAUCCUGUGGAGCCAGAAGGGGAACUGAGGCAGAGAGUGACUUAACGACACAGAUUUGCCGGAUCUGAUACAUGCAUGGCUGAGCAGGAGAUUGGUUUGAGCAGACACUCAGUAGCAGACGUCAGUUGACCAAAGAAGCAGACGUGACUUGACCAUACCAGCAGACGCGGAAGGCUCAGAGACGUCACUCCUUGUUGUGAGUGGUGAAGUGAGGGUCAGAUAUUACAGGACCACUGUGAGUCGAACACUGUCAGUUAAACUUUGAUGUUUGAGGCCAUCUUCAGGACACAGCUCCAAAGAGUUUCUGUGGGACUGACAUGUUGUCUUCCUUUUGCCAUCGUCACUUGCGGAAUAUGUUGAUUUUGUCAAGGUGUUACAUUUGUUAAAAAUGUUUUAGGCAGGUUUUUACAAUCAGCCUAGUCUUAGCAAACAUGGACAUUUACCUCAUUUAUAGUCCUUUUGAUUCUCUGGACAUCAAAGUAAACAGAUUUCAAGAAAUUCUAAUAUGGAAGAUGCUACGUGAUGCAAGAAUGUCAUUGCUGUGUUACUCUAACAAAAGGAAGGAUGUCAACGAUUGCUGAAACUUAUGGUGGCGACUAUUACAUGGAUACUUCAUGUUCUUGAUGCUGCUUUUUGAAGGGACAUUAUAGUGCUUCAUCAUGACAAAGAGACCAUUACGUGUCAUUCCUUUGGUCUCUGAUUCAGAGAGCCAGUGGAAGUUUGGCCCAGUGCGAAAGAGUGACUAUUUAUCAGAAGGGGAAUCCUCUAAGAAUGGUACAGUUCCCUAUGUGUCUGUCAAGCGACGAAGUGAUGGGAAAUAUGUUGUGGUAGAGAAAUACCCAAGGAAGUUAAAACCAGUGAGUAAGCUUAACUCCCAUAAUGCGCCACUUGCUCACAUGGACUAUUCAUCAGAAGUGAAAUUCCGAUCCAUUAAACCAGACUGGAAGUACUCACAACGCCAUAGAGUGCUUGGGGACCAUGAUAAUAGCAGUCUUCUGCCUCCCAUAGACCUCGGGUGGACAUCAGAUUCAAAGAUUGGAUCCUUGGACAACAUUGAGCAUACGCCAAGAGGAGGUGAUAAACAGAUCGUCAGUCAUAGACUUAAAUGGGAGGCCAAAGCAAAGAUAGGAUCCCUGGACAAUAUUGACUUUGCACAGAGGACAGGAAGAAGCCUUAGUGAUCCCACAAGUAGUCGUAAACUUGAACCACUAGAAAAAACUCCACGAAAACUCCAUGUCAGACCUCGGUAUGGAGCUAUUGGAGAUGCAGGAGCUUUCGGAAACAAACACUACACACCAGGUGGCUCUGAGGUCGUGCGGCCAUCAGAGAGCUAUAAUCAUGUUAAAUCAAAAGUCGGAUCCUUAGAUAAUAUUGAGCACCAGCCCCUCGGUGGGGAUGUGAGAGUCCCUUCAUACCACAACAACUGGCAAGCAGAGUCUCAAAUAAGAUCCCUGGAGAAUCUUCACCACAAGCCAGGUGGUGGCGAUGUCAUUUUCCUACAGGAGAAGCUUCAUUGGAACUCUGGGCCCAAGGUGGGUUCCCUGGAGAACAUCGACCACAGCCCUGGUGGGGGUCACAAGAAGAUCUUCAAUAUGAAGCUGAACUGGCAGUCAGGAGCCAAGGUUGGCUCCCUGAGGAACAUACAUCAUGUUCCAGGGGGUGGGAUGGUGAACAUGCCUGAUCAUCCACUCCGAUGGAAGUCAAAAGCUAAGGUGGACAAUAAACCAAAGAAGAAGAAAAGGGUUUCAGAACUACACUUGUCAUUUGAUUCUUUAGAUUCCUACGAGUGUGAGUAUCUUGACAUAGUAACUGGUAGAGCCACACUGUGAUAGUCCUAGUCCUCACCUUAGAAAUGUAGACUAGCAAUCUGGAUACUCUUUCCUGUACAUCUUCAGCUUCUUCAGUUGAAAUGAUUACAGGUAUUUUCUGCCAAGAUCACAGAAUAUUCCUCUGCUAUACACAAAGAUUCUAUGUCAAUGCACAUCUAUACCAAUGUUAUUUUGUGUUUUGUUGGUUUCUAACUUAAUGUCUGUAAGUAUAGAGGAUUCAGUCAGUUCAAAGAUUACAAUUUCAAACAAAUCAAACUCCAUAGGCUUAAAAACAAUGUUUCAAGAGACUAGUUAUUCAAAGUUAUAUCACCGUUUAGGAUAUAUAUUUAGGUCUGAUCUAUUUCCAUUUCAUCGAUGAAAUAUUCUCAAAAAUGGUUUAUAAAAAGAACUUUGUGUGGGAAUAAUAGUGAGUUGGAUUUCAAUGUCAGAGGUUGCAAACUGUCAAAGUCGUCCAUAUUACUUGUUGGAACAGGGUAAGAUGGAUUCAUACUACCUUUGAAACUUUAGAGUACAUAUUUUUAUGCACUGGCUAUUAACCAAUCAAAAGUUGAAUUAAUCUCUUAAUUUAUGAAGGUAAUAAGCACUAAUCUUUAGCAGAUUUUCAUGCAAACAGAUACAGACAUCAACUGAGGGUAGGAAUGUAUUAAAAUAUGUAUGAAAUGUCAUCACCAGAGAAUAAGCAGUUUAAGUUAUCAGAAAAUACAGAUUCCAUUGUGCAAAAAUGAAUAUGACUUGAUCACUGAAAAUCUGCGAUGACACUAGAUGAAGGAAAGAAGUGUUGAUGCUUAGGUGUUUCACAUCAUCGUCCUCUAGCCAUAUGUAUAAUUGUCAUUCACUUCUAUAGCUGGGUCUAGCUCAAGACCACUGUGUAGAUUGUAUCCAUUAUACAUUCAAGCUCUUUAACUUGUGUAAGAAAUAGGACUCUUUGUGUGUGUUUUCACAAUAAUA